GCCGGCGGGAUGUCCAGCCAGGACCUGAGCAUCACUGCAAAACUCAUCAAUGGAGGUGUGGCAGGACUCGUGGGAGUGACCUGCGUGUUUCCCAUUGACCUUGCCAAGACCCGACUGCAGAACCAGCAGGGGAAAGAUGUGUAUAAAGGAAUGACAGAUUGCCUGAUGAAGACCGCACGUGCUGAGGGCUUCUUGGGCAUGUACCGAGGGGCUGCAGUAAACCUCACCCUGGUUACUCCAGAGAAGGCAAUCAAGCUGGCAGCCAAUGACUUCUUGCGGCAGCUGCUCAUGCAAGAUGGGACGCAGCAGAACCUGAAGAUGGAGAUGCUGGCCGGGUGUGGGGCUGGAAUAUGCCAGGUGGUGGUUACCUGUCCCAUGGAAAUGCUCAAGAUUCAGCUUCAGGAUGCUGGCCGCUUAGCUGUCGGUCAUCAGGGCUCCACCUCAGCCGCGUCCACCUCCCGACCCUACAGCACUGGCCCGGCUUCCACCCACGAGCGCCCAUCCGCUACCCUCAUUGCCCGAGAGCUGCUCCGCACUCAGGGCCUCUCUGGGCUCUACAGGGGCCUGGGUGCCACUCUUCUCAGAGACAUUCCCUUCUCUAUCAUCUAUUUCCCCUUGUUUGCGAACCUGAACCAGCUUGGGGUCAGCGAGCUCACCGGCAAGGCCCCCUUCACACACUCCUUCCUGGCAGGCUGCGCAGCGGGUUCUGUGGCCGCGGUGGCUGUCACCCCUCUGGACGUUCUGAAGACUCGAAUCCAGACCCUCAAGAAAGGCCUGGGUGAGGACACCUACAGUGGGGUCACUGACUGUGCCAGGAAACUCUGGACACAGGAGGGAGCAGCUGCCUUCAUGAAGGGAGCCGGCUGCCGGGCCUUAGUCAUAGCCCCUCUCUUCGGGAUCGCCCAGGGCAUCUACUUCAUUGGCAUCGGAGAACGUAUCUUAAAGUGCUUUGAGUAG